AUGUCCUACGAAUCGGUCAAUACAGAAAUCGUUGACGAUGAAAUAGACGCAGUAGUUACUACUGAUACAGAAAGCUCAACGACAUUCAACCUCGAACAUUUACCCGUGUCCUUUAAAACAUUUCUGGAAAAGAAUCAGAUCGAUCCUAAAAUUUAUACAAUCAAAGAGCUUCCUCGAUUUGUUCGAGUAAACACUCACUUGCCCUUGAAUCGAAGACCAUCCGUUGAAGAUCUUCGUUCUCAGUUAAAAACCGAUAAAGUCUAUCCAGUCGAAGGCUUGGAAGAUUUCUUCAGCAUUUAUUUGAACGACACCAAACAGCGAAUCUCUGAUAUUCCAGCUUAUAAAGAACGUUCUAUAUUUGGUAUAGAUGUUAGUUCAGCCAUUGCUGUGAAAGCUCUUCAAAUAGAGAAAGAUGACCAGAUACUUGAUAUGUGCUGUGCACCCGGUGCUAAAUUGUGUAUGAUUGCCAAUUUACUUGGAAGGGACGGCACUGGCACUGCUACUGGAGUGGAUAUAGCACACCACCGCCUUUCGACUUGUAGAUCUCUGAUAAAAAAAUACAAGGUAGGCGAGAAGUUGAGAUUAUUCGAAGCGGAUAGUACAACUUUUGCCAUACGACCGCCUUCGAGACUCGGCAACAGAAUUAUUGAAUAUGACUCAUUGACCGAAGGCAGCAAUAAACCAUGUGAUGAUGAGACUGAUGAUGACAGCUUGAUUAAGAAGAAACGUCAAAAAACUGAGUAUUUAAAACCAUUCUACGCAUCCAAAAUGCUGAGAUUUGACGAUCAACAAAUGAUGAGUGAAAAGCAAUUGUAUAAUAAAGUUUUAGUAGAUGCUGAAUGUACUCAUGAUGGCAGUAUUUUGCAUAUUCUGAAGGUAAAUACUACUAAUGUUGUCAAAUAUAUCCAACUCAGACUUUUAAAGACUUUUUGUGCUUUCUAUAGUAUGAGAAAUGGGGAUGGGACAAGUUUGAAGAGAACUUCAUGGAUCCAAAAAGAUUAUCAAAUAUAG